UCUCCACGCAGCAUUUCCACUCCGACACAGAGACCAGAAGCUUCGCCUGGCUCACACAAGUUGAGUCAACACGCUGGGAAACGCGCCGUCUGGAUUUAUAUGUGGCACCUCCAUACUGUCGUCUUUUAUGCUGCACCGGAUGACUUUUCUUUAUCAUUGUCACUUGCCGUAGAUCCCCAUUCUGCUCUCGGAAAUGUGUUUAGACACUUAUAGUUGAGUUGCAACCAUUAACCGUCCGGUCAUUAAAUACCUGCAGAUCUGCUGCAGGGGAGUUUUAGCAGCACGCGGGAUCCUGCAGAGAUCAAGGAUAUAAGUGAACAAUGCUCAGACUACAGACUAUCAUUUGCACUUUUUCUGUGCUGUUUGUUGCAGCCAGAGCUGAUUUUAAAGCACGGAACUGCAGCGAAGUGAGGGAGGCAUGUACCGGGAGAGGCUUCGGCUUCGCACAUGUUCCUCUUCAGGAGAUCCCAGGUGAACAUCUACGAGUAUGUCCCCAGGGAAACACAUGUUGCACCCAGGAAAUGGAGGACAAAUUUGGCCAACAGAGUAAACAGGACUUUGAGAAUCUGGUCGAUGAAAUGAGUCACGAAUUGAGAAGCACUUUUGUUUCCCGACACAAAAGAUUUGAUGAAUUCUUCCUGGAGCUCCUGGAGAACACAGAGAGGUCCCUGAACGAGAUGUUUGUGAGGACUUACGGCAAGCCGUACAUGCAGAACGCGGAGGUCUUUGAGAACCUGUUCUCUGAGCUGAAGCGCUAUUACACGGGAGGGAACGUCAACCUGGAGGAAAUGCUUAAUGACUUUUGGUCGCGGCUGCUGGAGCGCAUGUUCACGCUGCUCAACUCGCAGUAUGUCAUCACAGAGGACUAUCUGGAGUGUAUCAGCAAGUACACGGACCAGCUGAAGCCCUUUGGAGACGUGCCCAGGAAGCUCAAGGCUCAGGUUACCCGGGCAUUCAUCGCUGCACGCACAUUCGUCCAGGGGCUCUCCGUUGGCCGGGAGGUCGCCCAGAGAGUGUCUAAGGUAAGCAGCACUCCAUCAUGCAUCAGAGCACUGACAAAGCUGAUGUACUGCCCCUUUUGUCAGGGCAUGCCGGCAGUCAAAGCCUGUAAGAACUACUGCCUGAACGUCAUGAAGGGCUGCCUGGCAAAUCAAGCCGAUCUGGAUCCCGAGUGGAACCUGUACAUUGAUGCCAUGCUGCUGGUGGCACAGAGACUGGAGGGACCUUUCAACAUUGAAUCUGUCAUGGAGCCUAUUGAUGUCAAGAUUUCAGAGGCCAUCAUGAAUAUGCAAGAUAACAGUGCCCAGGUCUCAUACAGGGUCUUUCAAGGCUGUGGUCAGCCGAAGCCCGCAGGAAUGACUAGGUCUGCCCGCGGUGUUUCGGAUGUGUUCAACGCUCGCUUCAAGCCGUACAGCCCCGAGGAGCGGCCGACCACUGCAGCUGGCACGAGCCUGGACAGACUGAGGAUUGUUUGGAAUGCGAUGCAGCACAGUGUGGUCGACAUAAAAGAGAAACUGAAGCUGUCAAAGAAAUUUUGGUCCAACCUGCCCGAGGCGAUGUGCAUGGAGGACAGAGUGACCGCAGGAAAUACCAGCGAUGAGGAGUGCUGGAAUGGACACACUAAGGGCAGGUACUUCCCUGAAGUUCAAAAGGAUGGACUUACGAACCAGGUGAAUAACCCAGAGGUGGGUGUGGACAUCACCCGUCCGGACACUUUCAUCCGCCAGCAGAUCAUGGCUCUGAGAGUGAUGACAAACAAGUUGAAAAAUGCCUACAACGGCAAUGAUAUCUACUUUCAAGACUCAAGUGAUGAAGGCAGUGGUUCAGGCAGCGGCAGUGGCUGCACAGACGUCUGCCCCACAGAAGCUGACGAUGCUGCCACCGAAGCCCCGGUGGUGGAGGCUGACCGGAGCGGGCCUGUGGAUGAUUCCAACCCACUCUGUGCACCAAUAGCCCUGCCAACCAUACUGGCCCUCUCAGCCCUGGCAUUCCACCAACAGUGGAGAUAAUGCUGGAGGAACCAGCUAAACAUGGACAGCAGGGUUGUUUUUCUUUCUUUUUUUUUCAUCUUUGCAGUUUUUGUAUUCAGGCAGAUUGGAGCUACAGUCGAGCAGACAGUAUCCCGGCUGCCCACCUCACAGUGAGAGGAGACUGUUCUGAAAAACCAGAGCGGUCAUGCAUCAUGAUUUUCCAAUCUCCCAAAGAUCGUGCAGUGCCAUCCUUAGACUUGAUAUAUGACGGCAUCACCCCUCCGUCUAACCCUGAUGCCGACCCAACAGACUCUGCUUCAGAGAUUUCUUGCACAUAUGGCAGGUACUAAUGUAGGUCUCCAUGUGGAAAAUUAUAACACGCACUUUGAUUGUUUUCAUUUUUUAAUGCAAAAAGUUGUUUGUGUGUUGAGAAUGUGGUUAUGUGAUGCAUCAAAAAGAGGCACUUGAUAACUUUGAAUAUACAUUAAACAGGAUAUUUACAGAGGAUGAUCUAUUUGCUGAAAAAUUCAGGAACAUUUCAACAUUUCAUAUUAAUUCAAUUCUUCCAUUGUCAUAUAAUCAUGUGCCAAUUAUUGAUUAUUUUUUCACAAGACGUAAACUCAUUAUAUUCUGAUAUUGUUCAGAGUGGUCAUAAAUCCAUGUAGGUUUAUUACAUGCUGCUUCAUCUUUCAUUUUAAACAUGGCAACAUCAUACAUUAAGUAUUUCCCUGUUCUGCUCUAGUUAUCCACCUAAACUGUUCAACAGCCGCCUUGUGCUGAACUCACAUUUUGUAAAAAAAAAAAAAAAAAAAAAAGGGAUUAGACUGGCUUUUUUAUUAUGCAUUUGCCUCGCAACAAAUUUAUAAUCUGCAAAAUAUUUGUAUAUCAUGCUGGUUUGUUGGCCUUGGCUUCUGGAGCAGACAGCCUGGACUGAAUAAUAUGAAGCAGUGAUUGACACAUCGGGAAAGGUGCCACUGUAUGUACAAUUGUAGGAAUGGUUGCUCUGUAGUCUUUUGGGGUACAGGUCCUCGACUGUAAUUACUUUCAUUAUGUUAGAGAAGUGAUAAACAAAUGCCAAUCCGCAGUUUCUAAAAUAAUUGGUGAUUCAAUUAUUUAGGGUGCCAUUAUAUCAGUAUAGGGCUUAAGACUUCAGUACGUUACCUAAUGUAUUUCCAUCUUACCACUUAAAAGCAUCUGGAACUGUUAUACCAAGACAAUAUAAUUAGGGGAUUUAAUAUUUUACAAUUGUAUUUAUAAAGAUUUCCAAACUGCUCAUGAAACAAACUCUGUUGAGAUUAUAUAUCAGUUUGUGUAAAUGUGUAAUUGGAAAUGCUCCCCAAUUUAAUACAAAAUCACCAUUUACCAAAGAAAGUAAUGUGCUGCCAUAGUUUUUAUUAAUCAACAGUAACUGGAUCCUAUAGAAUAUCAUGUGCCAUAUCUGGAUUGUCUUAUAACAAAUAUAAAAUGUUUUAUUUCCAGGAAUUCUGGGUUUGCACAUACAGUAGGCAACAGCAACAAAGAAGGUGCCAAUUAGGCAGAUGUGAUUGUUAUCCUGUAACUUUAUUAACAAUUUGGAUAGAGUAUUUGACGUGUGUUGUGAUGUUUUUAAAAAGAAACAAAACAGAAAUACUGGCAGACAGUAUUAGAAUUGAAGUUUAAUGUUGUCUUUUUUGAAAAAAAUGUAUCCCAACAGAUAUGUAAAAGCUGCAGGAAUUACUAAAGAAGUAGCAAACAGCACACAGUGGUUACCGGGAAUGCAAAGAAAAGGUCCCUAAAUUUAUCUGUAAAGCUUGAAUGGUUGUGUCUGCAGCACAGACAGGCUUGAAGCCGACCACAGUCACCUGUGAAAUGAGAAUCUGUGGAGACCGGACAGGCCUGAAUGCUCCGCUGAAGCUCCUCAGUAGAGCGUACUCACAGAGAAUGUGAGAGGCCUGGCACUGCUGAUGGGGGCGGACAAAACCAGCCAGUAUGUACGUCCACUGUUCUCUAAGAGCCCGUCAGCUACAUAACCACAGGGCCAGCUUAGCUUACACAUCCAACGAAUUAGCCAGUGUUACACCCUUAGCAGUAUAUUCAUGUUCAGCUUUUUUCAUUAUUGCACUUACGACAGCAUUUGCCUCAACAUUGCAAGAACAAGUGAAAAUGUGUCAAACGUGUCAUUUAAAAGGAUUCUUUAUUAUGAAUAAUGAUCUUACAGGAUGCCCUUUUUAUGUUUUGUA